AUGCGCAAAUUCGUGGAGAGGGGACUUUGUGUGUACGAGCCGACACGAUCCACAUUCCGUAAGCUGCUGUCACUUCACUGUCCUAACAUCAAGAUACGCUCGUCACAGUCGAACGUGUGUGAUGUCUGCAUCAUCUACCAGACUAGAAUGCGCCAGGGUGCCACCGCUGAUAAAACCGAGGAACUGGGGCAACACACAGAAUCAGCACGUCGAAUGAGUAUACGUGAAUACAAGCGGGAUAAAGUUGCAUGCCAGGAACCUGGCAGCGACUUGGCACUUAUCGUCAUGGAUUUCUCGCAGAAUCUAACUAUCCCCUCCGUCACCUUUACACCGUCGCAGUGGUACUUCUGCUCUCUGCUUGCCGCCAAUCUAUUCGGCAUUUUCUUUGAGAAUGACGGGACGCAGACGAACUACGUCUACGGCGAGUUUGCCAGUGGAAAAGGAAGCGACCAGAUCAAUGCACUGCUUCAGCACUUCAUCCCGACAGUGCUAGUGCCGGCAGGGAAAAAUAUCUCGUGGUGUAUGCAGAUAAUUGUUCAGGGCAAAAUAAGAACAACCACGUCAUCAAAUUUUUCCUGGCCCAAGCACAAAGAGAAACAUUUGACCGCGUGGACUACAAGAUUUUGA